AGCCGUUGUUCGUGCGUUGUAAUGGCGAUUUAAAAUUCGCGCUGGACAAACGGUACGAUGUCUUUUAUGUGAAAUUCUCCGGAAAAACUAAACAUUUUGUGCUCGGUUUUGUUUCGAAAAUUCUGUUACCAUGUCCGACGAUAUCGAGGCAAUUAGUGUACGUGCAACACGGCUAAAUAAUUUGAUUUUGGGCCGUUCGGAAGCAACAUCGAAAAUACCGAAACAAGUAGCCAACGGUCUUUGCCGGGAAUCUCUUUUGGACACUCUGUGUUUGUUGUACGACGAAUGUAAUAAGGAUCAUCUGAAGAAAAAGGACAAAAAUGUUUACGAAUUCGUAAAGAAAUAUAAUUCUGUCAUCAAAGAGACGAACAAUUUACGGGUAAACAUCAACGAUUUCCGUGUCAAAACCUUGAUUGGCAAAGGCUACUUCGGCGAUGUGCACCUGGCCACGGAGAAAACCACCAACGAUGUGUAUGCCAUCAAAAAAAUUCUCAAGGGGAACGCUAUUACGACGUCACAGCUGAGAGAAGAGCGUGACAUAAUGGCAAUAGCCACAUCCGAAUGGAUCACAUCGCUACAGUAUGCGUUCCAGGACCAAAACCAUCUCUAUUUGGUCAUGGAAUAUCUUCCCGGUGGUGACCUGCUCAGCCUAAUGAUCCGACACGGUCCGUUCGAAGAGGAAUGGGCGAAAUUCUACAUUGCCGAAAUGACAUUGGCCAUUAAUGCUCUGCACACCAUGGGCUAUGUUCAUCGGGACAUCAAACCCGAAAACAUUUGUCUCGAUCGGUUCGGUCAUUUAAAGUUGGCCGAUUUCGGCAACGCACUUCAACUGAACAAAGACGGCAAUGCGAUCACCAUAUCACCGGUCGGUACACCGGAUUACAUCGCACCGGAAUUGCUGCAAACGUUCACCAAUGCCAAAUUGACCAAGUCCAUUCACGGUGUGAGUACAAUCGGUUCCGGUUCAAGCCAAUGUCCAAAUCAAGACAAUAUUAAAGAAGAAGACGAACAAUUUCAGAUAUCGUGCGACUAUUGGUCGAUGGGUGUCAUCGCCUAUGAAAUGUUGACGGAGGUGACACCAUUUCAUAACGACGAUGUCAAUCAGACAUACAAUAACAUCAUGAAUUUCGGCGAUUUUCGCGCAGCCGAAAAACUCACCUUUCCCGAUGGUUUCACCGUUUCGCCCAAAUUUGCCAGUUUAGUCGACGGCCUAGUGACGGAUGCAUCAAAACGACUGUCGUACAAGCAAAUUGUCAAACAUCCAUUCUUCGACGGAAUCGAUUGGACCAAUUUGCGCCGAGAGGUGCCACCCAUCAUCCCGACCAUAUCGAAUGAAGAGGAUGUAUCCAAUUUCGAGGGAGUCGACAGGAAAGGACGUCAGAGCACGUACAACAAGGCCAGACCGAACACUACGUGCAAAGGGAACGAAUUUUCCGGUCAAAACUUGCCGUAUCUCGGUUACAGUUACGUCAAUCCGCAGACAACUGAUUCGAUGUUGCCGGUGCGGAAUCAAUCGUCGGAAAAUUUGACCAUUCGAAUCAAAGAACUGGAACGUACCAUCGAUGAGCAUGUGAAGCACAUCAAGUCACUGCAACGGGAAGUGUUGGACGCUCAGCGUCAAAGUGCCCAGACUAAGUCUUUGGAAAAGAUUCUGAUGGAAGCGAAGAUGGAAUUGACCUCACUGAAGAAGCAACUGGAAGAGAAGACUGCCGAAUCGGCUUCGUUCAAGACCGAAGUGAAAACGUUGAAGAGUUCGCUGAAAAUUGAAGAGCAACAUCGACUGAAGAAGGACAACGAAAUUGCAUCGUUGCUGAAUUCCACUUAUCAAAAGUGGGAAAAGGCCAAGUUUGCAUCGGAGAAAAGUUACGAGGAUCGACUGGCUCAAAACACCACCGAGAUCAUCAGCCUAACCAAAAAUCUGACGGCUCGGGAAAGUGAAUUGAAUUCGAAGGUCGACGAAUGCAAGCAUUUGCAGAGUCGCGUGGAGAAGUAUCAGGAAUUGUUGAAAGCCUCCAAGCAACAGAACCUAGAGGACAAAGCCGAAUUCGAUCGGAAACAAUCGCAAGUCAUUGACGGCUACGAGACAAAGAUUCGCGAACUGAAGAACAAAUUGAAAAACGAGAAACAGGCCAAGCAAUCCACAUCGGACGAACUACGUGAGGUGCGCAAAAAUUUGGACGACAGCAUCUGUUCGGCAAACAGUAUUACACACUCGAAAAUAGUGUCCGACCGCACCACCGACGAAAUUAAGUCUCGCAUGAAUCGCCAGAUCGAGGAAAAUAAGGCACUGCGCGAGGAGAAGGUGAACGUUGAACGGAAAAUGGAAGAGCUGCAAAAGAAAUGUGACGAAUAUUCGAACGAGCUGAAUCGCAUGCGUAUGGAACAAAUUACGCCCAAUCGUAUGUCGGAUGGCGGAAGUGAACAUUUCUGCAGUGUUCGCGGCAGUUUGGAGAGUUUGAGUGGCGUCGAAGAAUUGACCAAACAGUUGGCAGCAUCGCAAGAAAACGAGGAUUUGCUGCGUCAACGGGCUGAACGAUUGGAGCAGGUUGUGUCGCGAUUCGAAUUGGCCGUCAGCAAUCUCGAACAGCCGAAAUCAGCCGAAAAUUUGUUGGAACGUCAAAACGAGAAACUCGAAGGGGAGUUGAACACGGUACGUGAGCAGGCGAUUUUAGAGCGUCAAGCAUCACGCACAGCAUUUUUGUCGCUGUACAAAUUGGAGAAACAGGUGGAAGAUUUGAAUUCCGAGAAGAAGAAACAACACGCCGAAUUGGAAAAAGCCGACAAGAAUUUGAAACGGAUGCGCGACGAGAAGGACGACAUCCAAGUUCAAUUACGAGACGCACGGGCAACCAUUCGUUUGAAAGAGAGUCGCAUCACCGAGCUGCAGUCCGAAAUUCAAAAUUUGAAGGACGACCUGAAGAAAGAGCACGAGAUGUGGGAGAAGGCUGAACUCGAACGAAUGAAAGAAAAAUCGGAAAUUAUCGAACACGUGUCCAACGUGCACAAAUUACAGGAAAAGUUGGACGAGGAGAAACGUAAACUGAAUACUGUGAGCCAGCGCAACACCACAUUAGACUUCGACUAUAAACGCCUGCUGAAAGAACGUUCCAGCCUGAGCGACGAAUUAGCACAAUCCAAUGAGUAUGCCAACAAGCUGGAGUCCGAAUUGAAUGUGGUCAAACGAAAUUUCGAGAUGUUGAAGCACACCUGCACGAUCAUGAACGCUCAACUGGAUGAGCUGCAAGCGAUGUACAAAACCGAAGUGGAAAACAAUAAGUCGCUCUGCGAGAAAAGUGACAAUCUGUGGUCUCAGGUGAAGGGGCACCACGAUGAGUUCAAGAAACUACGAACCAAGUUGAACGAAUCGCAAUCGCUGAAGGACGCCGCUGAAUUCAAAUGCAAACAACUGACCGAGGAACUGGAACGAGCCCAGGAUAAAGGUGAUGUACAGCACCAGAAAAUGGUCAGCCAACAGGAGGAGUUAAUUGCAAAGACGAAAAUGUUGUUCGAGGUGCAAGAGGAAUUGGAGGUCGUGUCGACUGAAAAGUCAAAUCUGCAACGACUCGCCGAGAACAAGGCGUCGGAGCUGCACAUUUUAAAGGAGGAAAACACCAGAAUUCUCACCGACUUGUAUACGACGAAGGAGGAGCUGAACAAUUUGACCAUUGAACGAAAGGAGAUCAAAAACGAAAUGAAUUUGAUGAAACAAGAGCUGGAACAGUUGAAUGGAACGUUAAUCGAACAGAAGAACUACUACACACAGCGCGUCAUCAAGGCUGAAGCAAUUCAAGCUCAAUUCGAAAAGCUGAGCGAAUACUUGCAGAAGAAGGUCGAAGAACUGUCCGCGAAGAAGAAGAAAAGCUUUGCCGAGGUACUGUUCGGAACAAACAACAGUUCAAAGAAGGAAAACAUACCCAUCGACGGUACCCUGCAUACCAUCCGCGAAGAGCUGAAACGCGAACGUGCCCGAUCCAACCAAUUGAAAGAGCAGUUACUCCAAGCCAAAACGGAAAUUCGUACAAAAGAUGCGCAGGCCAAUGUCGUCGAAAAGACUGCAGUUCGUGACACAACCAGCAAUGCUUCGACAAAAACCCCGAGAAUCGAAGCGGAAUCGUUCCAACGAACCGCGUCGAAACGAAAGUCUUUCCAGGCGCAUCGCUUCGAAAUGUCGUUGGAAAGCAAUGCCGCUGAUUGUCAGUUUCUGAUAUGCAUGGCAUGCGACAAGCCGAUAUUGAUUGGCUCACCGUAUUGGCAUUGCAAGGAGUGUAAUUCGUCUGUUCAUCGGAAGUGUCGCAGUGAUGUGAAACGAUCGUGUGACGGAGAGGACAUGCCCACAGUUUUCAAUCAAUUGGUUGCUGAACGAGACGCAUCCAGCGAUGUGGUCAGCGUUAGCGAAUCAGAAAGUUCCGAAGCAGGUGACUACAACGGUCAGUUGGUAUUGAAAACGAAAAAUCUUCACACUCCGGUGGUGGUGAAUUGUGUCUAUCAGGUUACCGGCGAUGUUCUCUUGCUCGGGUGCGACAAUGGUCUCUACUCCUACAAUCAACAAUCUUGCCAAUUUACUCACAUCACGGGCAUCGAUAGCGUCAACUACAUGACCAUCAAUGCGAACAUAACAAAGUGUGUCCUGAUCGGAUCUAAUGGCGAUACACUGAACCAAUGCGACACACGUCAGUUAUUCAACCGUGCCCAGGCAUCACAAAGUUUGAAACCAAAACUGGACACAACACCGCUCGAAAUCACAUUCGCUAAUCGAAUCGUAACGGAACGAUGGCACUACGCAACUUUAAACGGAUGCAACGACAAACCAUCCGAAUCGUUACUCAUUGCCUGCACAUCUGCCCGUAUCGUUGUCAUGCGUUUCGAUACAAUGCUGGACCGAUUUAAACCAGUUUGUGCACUGGACACCGCCGCACCGGUUACAUCGAUUUUAUUCACCCAGCAUUCGGCCAUCGUCAGUUCGGACAAAUACUUUGAAAUCGACCUGGGCUCGUUGGUGGCCGAAGAAUUCCUCAACGAAUCCGAUCGCGUUGCUGCUUCGACGAAAAAUUGCAAACCAAUGUCAGCGCACCGGAUCAACCAGCACGAGUUCCUGUUGUGCUUCGAAGAGUUUGGCAUAUUUGUCGAUGAUUAUGGCAGUCGUUCGCGACCGACCGAAUUGAAUUGGGCGAAUCGUCCGUGCGGAUUUAUGUACCGUGAGCCGUUGCUGUUUGUGGCGUACAGUGACAUGGUGCAAAUCAUCCGAAUAAAUAAAACGCAUUCAAAGGAAAGUGAGGCACGGCGUAAAGUUGAUGACGGCAUGCUGGACGAAGUUCGGAAAUUUUUGCAUUUUAAUGCACCGAAGUUGGUUGGUGAUUCGGUGGAUCAGCUGAGCAUAUUCGUAUUGACCAAAUCCGAGUUGAGUGAUAGUGGUCAGCAUUUGAUACAUUUGGAUGGUGUUAAAGCUCUCAAAUCGAUCAGCAAUUCGUUGGACACUUUGGUAUCGACGUCAAGUAUGACCAGCGUGCCGGUGGAAUUGGCCAGCAGUAUGGAAACAUUCAAUAGCACUGAAUGAGGGGUGGUGGUUUGUCUAUGACUUUUUGAUAAUUUUUUCUCCCCGCAUUUUAACUUACGUUUUAUGUUAUUUAUUCAUAAACUAGUUGUGGCAGUGGACGAUAAAUUUGAAAAAUUUGAAAUUUCUUUUUUUUUUGCAUGGCCAGUUGUCGUUGUCCAUAUUUAAUGAUGGAGAUGUUGAAAGUUUUUUUUCAUUUUCUUACAUCAACAA